AUGGAUUUCGUGCCUUCACUCGUUGGCACUUCUGAUGGUAGCUCGUGUAACGAUUCCACUGGACUCCUAACCCCGGACAGUAGUCCUCUCUUUCUUCCUGCGCAUCCUAAAGACACGGUUGCGACUCGGUUGUCCUCCAUCUUGGAUGACCCCAAGCCGCGAGCUGGCCGACUCCAAGUCCCCGAAUCACGCGUUGAUACCCCAUCCGUCACCUCUGAAAGCGCUUUCGGUGUGUCCGAGUCCAUCCGUGUCAAGAAAAUCUGCGUGAUUGGUGCCGGCUAUGUAGGUGGCCCUACUGCGGCGGUGAUAGCCUUGCACAAUCCCGAGAUCGACAUCGAAGUCCUAGACCGAGACCAACGUCGGAUUGAGAGGUGGAACUCGGCUCACCUCCCCAUUCAUGAGCCCGGUCUGAACAGUAUUGUUCGGUUGACAAGAGACGGAGCGGUCAACACGAGACGGAGGGAUCAAACGCCAGCCUCACCCGUCGCCCAGGGAGAAGAUGCGGUCUCCAGACGUGAUCCGAACCUGUUCUUCACCUCCGACACUCCAGCCAGCAUCUCCAAGGCAGACAUGAUUUUCCUGGCGGUCAAUACCCCCACCAAGACCUCGGGAGUGGGUGCGGGUCGAGCAACCAAUAUGACCGCUCUGGAUGGUGCCGUCAAGGACGUUGCUCUAUUUGCCAAACCCGGCACGAUCAUUGUGGAGAAGAGUACGGUGCCUUGUGGAACAGCACAGCGCAUCCGAAAAACACUCGAUGUCCUGCGACCCGGUGUACCCUUCGAGGUUCUUUCAAAUCCGGAGUUCUUGUCCGAAGGCUCGGCCAUCAAGAACCUCAUGGAGCCAGAUCGGGUGAUUAUUGGCUCUUCGGGAACGCCUUCAGGUCGUCUUGCGGCCGAUGCUCUUACCAGCCUCUAUGCUUCGUGGAUCGCUCCUUCCCAAAUCCUCCAAAUCAAUGCUUGGUCAUCAGAACUCUCCAAACUCGUGGCAAAUGCCAUGUUGGCUCAGAGGAUCAGCAGCAUCAAUUCUAUCAGUGCCAUCUGUGAGUCGACCGGUGCUAGUGUCGAGGAGGUUGCCAAAUCAGUGGGCCUGGACGCUCGGAUAGGUCCCCAGUUCUUGAAAGCCGGUCUUGGAUUUGGCGGUUCUUGCUUCAGAAAAGAUAUCGCGAGUUUGACAUAUCUCGCAGAGUCUCUGGGGCUAGAUGAAGUAGCCCAUUACUGGGGUCAGGUUAAUUCCAUCAACGAGAUGCAACGCCGUCGAUUUGCCGGAAAAGUUCUGAAACGGUUCAAUGAAAAUUUGGUCGCCCGGAAAAUUGCAUUGCUCGGAUUUGCAUUCAAAAAGAAUACCAGUGACGCUCGAGAAUCUCCGGCGGUGGAUGUCAUCAGAUCAUUGCUCGAUGAACAGCCCUCCGAAAUCGCCAUUUUUGACCCGUACUGUGUGGAGGAAGACAUCCGACGCGAGAUUCAUUCUCUCCGCUCGUCAACAGCGGGUUCUGUUGGCGAUACCAGCUUGGUAAAAAUCUACGCCGAUCCCUAUCAAGCUUGCUCUGAAGCCAAUGCCGUCCUGGUCAUCACCGACUGUGACCAAUUCCGAAAUUCCGCUCCAAGACAACGAAAUGGAAGCUCCAACGAUCAGAUCACCUCGAUGGCCAAGCUGAGACAUGCUGGCGAAGCCGGAUCAGAUUCUCAACCCGACGACUCCACAAAGCUCCACAAAUCAGAAGAUGAAGAUUUCCUUGUCAGAUUCUCCUCCUACGAACUGUCUGCUGCACCUGCCUGUGUGACGGACUGUCCCGACUGCAAAUCGAAUUCUCAAGGACCGAUUUCCAUCGAACCCGUGGAAUGGGCGCGUAUCGUCUACAGCAUGAAGGAACCAAAAUGGAUCUUUGACGGAAGAGGCAUUAUCAAUGUGACGGAAAUGGAAAAACUUGGAAGCGUUCGAGUCGAUACCGUGGGAAGAUGGCGUCCGGAAGACGGUCAAAGUUGCUGGUAA